AUGACAGGGGCAGGAAGAAGUGAAACAGGCAACACCAUCCUGGGAAAAAAGGUUUUUAAAUCUGAGAUAUCAUCCUCCUCUGUGACUAAGCAAUGUGAGAAAAAUAAUGCAACAGUUAAUGGAAGAAACAUAUUAGUUAUUGACACCCCGGGUCUGUUUGACACCAGCCUGACUACAGAUGAAGUGGUCAACAGAAUUAAGCAUUGCAUUUUACUCUCUGCUCCUGGUCCACAUGUCUUCUUAGUUGUGAUUCAGUUGGGCAGAUUCACUGAUGAAGAGGCAGAAGCUGUUAAAAUCAUUCAAAACAUUUUUGGUGAGGAAGCCUCCACAUACACCAUGGCACUGUUCACUCAUGGAGAUCAACUGGAGGAGAACAUUCACACUUUUGUGCGGCGCAGCCCAAAACUGCUCAGUUUCAUCAAAACAUGCAGUGGAAGAUUCCAAGUGUUCAACAAUAAAGAACAAAAUCCUGAACAGGUCAUUCAGUUGUUUGAACAGAUUGACAGAAUAGUUACUGGGAAUGGUGGGCAACAUUAUGUCAAUGAGAUUCUUGAAACAGAGAAAGAGAAAUGUCACAUCCUGAAAGAGACUGAGGAACAGAGAAAGAAGGAAACCGAAACUCUGAGGGCUACACUUGAAGGUGAAGCUUUUGAAAAAGCAAAAGAUAAACUGGACAAUGAAUAUGAACAGCAGGCACGUUGGCAAGCUGAGAAAAACAUUCGGAUGCGAAAUAGUGGGUUUUCUUUUCUUAAUGACGUAAGAACUUUUUUUCAAAAGAAACCUGAAUCUUGA